UGCUGCCCUGAGUACUGCCUACAAGAACUUUAAAAAGAGGCAGGUGGUGUUAAAGAUGGUGUUGUCGGAGCCCAGGAGUCGGCCCAAAGAGCUGGAGUUUGAGGGAGUGAUGGAGGAGCUGAGGAAGGAUAAGAAGAUGUAUCAGAAAACUGCGAUGCUGCAGCUCAGACAGCCGUUCCAGAGCUUUCCACAGAGUCUCUUUCUGCAGGAGACUUUCACAGUCGACCUCCUUAAAGGCCUCUACAUCCUGGAGUCGAGAGCUGGUUUCCACGGCAACAGGGAGGUUAUCCACACCCUCACCCUUGGCUACCAACCACCAAGUCCUUUUGUUUGCUCUGCACUAAUUCAUCCUUUCAGCUCUGACACAGUUCCAUCUGACUCAGAAAUAUGUGUGACCCUAUUCAACAACCAGACCCAGAAGGACAUACAGGGACGGUUACGAGUUGGAAACAAAGACAGACUGACAUUCUUCGGACAAGUUCGCGUGAACCCUCUGUACUCAAGACACCAAUCAAUAAACGUUAAAGCAAACUUCAGCCAACAGCUCCAGCUGCAGCUCCCCUCCUUCGCCGUAAUGGAGGGAAACUUACGCUGGAACCCCAAAACAACACAGACUUUGAUUAUCUGGCCCGAGGGAAACUGA